AUGGAUAUGGUUUCUCCUAAUAGGGAUGAGGGGUCACAGUAUCCAACUCUGGUUAGGGAAGGCUCUUUCUAUAACCUCACAUUUGAUGAGGGAAACAAAAGGAAGCCUCUCCAUAGUAUGAAUUUGGAUGAGCUUCUCAGAAAUGUGAUCUCAGCAGAAAAUGGAUCACAACUCGUGACAAACCAUGAUUCAUUUCUUCUUGGGAACAUUAAUUUGAACGGGACAUUGACUAAUAAAACCAUUAAUGAGGUAUGUAGGGAGAUUGUUCAACGAGAACAUGUCAAGGAAAACCACUCCCAACAACAAUCUAGUUUUGGAGAAAUGACAUUGGAAGAUUUUCUAGGUGGUGAUGGAAUGAUUAACAUAGGAAAGGAGGAUAAUGUUAUUGGUCAUGAUGUUCAAACCCUGAAGGGAAUUGACCCAAUGGUCAUAGGGUCACAGCCAGAAGAUUGGUUGCCACUGCAGAUGCAAACUUACCAACAUCAACAUCAACAUCAACAGCAACAUCAUGAGAAGCAGCAUCAACAAAUAAUGGGACUAUGUCCAGAUUUUGGUGUUUCUAAAUAUGAGAACCCGGAAAUUGGUUACACAGUGCCAAUAACAUGUUCAGAUUCCAAGAAGCGAAGCAGGUACUCAGAUGAGAUGCUGGAAAAGACUAUUGAGAGGAGACAGAAGAGAAUGGCCAAGAACAGGGAAUCUGCUGCUAGAUCAAGGGCAAAGAAGCAGGAACAUAUAAAUAAGCUAGAGAACGAGAAGUUUCGCUUGCAGAAGGAAAUUAGCCUGCUCAAAACGGUGAAGGGACAAAGGCAAGAUGGGGCUGGCGGCCAUGUGGCCCAAGGUUCAAAACAGUUCAUGCUCGUCCUUUGA